GUGGGAUGACAGUGAUGGAUCCUGCUGAGUGCCUGAGAGAGGACAAGGACGGAGACAAAGCCAGGAUCUAGGGUCAUGGACAACUUUUGAGUGUGGUUUCACUCAAUGACAAUUUGGUCACAAGAAACAGAAACCCACUCAGAAAAGGGAGAGGACGGUUGUUGAACAGAUGCAGUCCUGGGCUGCACCAGCUCUUUCGCCCUGGCUCCCAGCAGCCACUCGCCUCCUUCUGAUCUGAGGAUGGACUGGCCUCCUCUGCUGGUCUCCUUGUCCUGUCCACCCCUAAAUUUCGUGUGCAUGGGCACAGGCUUCUCUGCCACCGAUCUUCACCCCAUUCUGCAUGGCUUUGUGAGGAGGGUCCUCCCUGAUUGAGUUUCAGGAUCUCUAUCAAAUAUCAAGAGAGAAAAUCUGAUCAGCCUAGCUUAAGCCGGAAUCCAGACCUAGUCCAAUUAGCAGUCUCCAGAGUGGGUUUGCAUGUCGCCCCUGACAAAAUUCUGAGGGACGUUCAUUGGAAAUAAGACAUCUGGACUCCCCAAGUGACCAUGGGCAACGAGAACAGCACCUCGGAGCGCCAGCAGGAGGACGCCAACUUGCGUAACGUUGUCCUGUGGCCUCCGAACCCUGACGCUGUGCAGAGGACUUCAGCUGUGAACCCAAGAUCCGCGCAACCACCUGAGGACGGUCAGGAUACAAAAGGGAAGCAGGGGGACCCACCCGGAAGCCCUGACCACAGGGACUUGUCCAGCGCUGGGCUCGGCAGCCCCCCCUCCACUUCUGAGAGUGCUGCCAGCUGGGAUCCGACCAUCGUGUCCCCAGAGGUGACGGAGCCAAGGAAGUUCCCACAGGAAGCCAGGGGGCCGGGAGGUUCUUCACUGCCUGGCCUACCGCCGCCCUGGGAGCAGGAGUGGCCCAGGACCUCCAUGCCCUUCACCGAGUGCCCCCCAGAGGCUUGCUUGGCAAGCCCCACAGCCGCACCAGAAACGUCCCCAAGUGCCCCGGGAGAUGUCAUGGCGGCAUUUACCCCUGAGGGGGACAGCUCUACUCAUCAUAGUGGAAUUGCCAUCGUCCCCAGUACUGGAUGUGACGAGGAGCCGAGGGAAGAGGCACAGGACUCCUCUUCCUCCAGCCACAUCGGCCAGUUGACUGGAAUCUCACCAGCACAGCCCGCAGGGCCGAGGAAGGAGCUGCCGUGUGGAGAGGGGGCCCACUCUGGUGGCUUCGAGGCCCAAGAGAAAGACGCUGCAGGCUCCCCUGCCGAGUCCAGGCAAGGAUCAGCUUCUGUACAAGUGGCCACCAAGGCCCCAGCUGCUGUCCAGCUGGGCAAGGAGAGCUCAGCUGGCCUGGAGGAGUGGCCCCCAAUACCUGAGACCAGGGAACCACAAUAUCCAGGCCGAGUGGAGGUGACGCCUCCGCAUUCAGCCGGUAGCUUGGAAAUCCUCGGGGCCUGCGGCCUGCCUCCCAGCAAUUCAGGCCCCGCCUAUGAAGCUGAAGCGAAUUCUGCCUCCCGGGAAAGCUGCUGGCAGCAAAUGGGACCACCUCUGCCACACACACAGCUGCCCAGGGACCCGCACAGUCCUGCUCUGGCUGCAGCAAUCGGCAGUUCCUGCAAGAAGCCUCUGGACACCAGUGACGCUCAGGGUCACUCACAGAUAGAGACAGAAAGGGCUGAACCCCGUCAAGUCAUCGGUGUGGCCGCAGGUGGCCAGCCAGCUGGGGGUUUGCUGGUGAGUGCCCAGCCCUCUCCACUCACUCCAGCUUCAAGCCCCAUUGCACAUACAGAUGCUCAGAUCCCUGUUGCCGAAGGAGGAUCCAGCCGGUUGGCCAGGGAGACGAUUUCCAAGGCGGAGAAACCAGUUUCUGCAGAAGCAGCCAAAGAGCUGGUGAAUACAGGGUUGGGAGGAUUGGAGGAGGGGGCAUCAGAUCUUGAAAGAGAGAGAGAGCACCCAAAAGGGAGCGCUGGGGAGUUUCCUGCCCCCUCACCUCAGGAGAGAGCGGAGUUCUGGAACAGGGAGCAAAGCCAGGGGGUCGCACUAGGGAUGCCGCUGUCCCCUCCUCCUCCUGGGACUUCGAGUGAAAGUAUUGGAAGGUCAGAGGGGCCAAAGGAUGGAGCCAAGGCCCUCGAGAAUGAUGAGGGUCCUGCCGUGGCUAGAGACGAGAUCAGAUCAGCUGGAGACAACCCCAGGAGCCAGGAUGCCACCCCAGAGACACCUGGUGGUACAGAUCCUGGAAACCUGAGGGCAGAGGAGUCUCAGGCUCUUGGUGGCAAGCCCAAUGCUGAGGAGGACAAAGAUGAGGUUUCGAAACAAAGUGGCAACGAACAAAGCAGAAUCCUUCCCAGCUUAGACUCAACACAGCCACCCAGGAAGAACAGUGCUGGACACAUAGGCGGGCCCAACCCUCAGUCAAUGCAGGUAGCGUGGCAGGCGACGGCUGGUGCCAAUGUGACCACUGCAGCCACCUCACUGCUCCUCCCUGAGGAGAAGCCGGUCCUGCCCCCAGCACCAGAUGAAACUGAUGAGGAUGUUGUUCCGGGGUUGCAGUCCAGAUGCCCUGAUACCCUUCAGGACAUGUGGGGUUUGGGAAGAAUGGAGUCUCUUCCUGCUUUAGAAUCAGAGAAACCAGAUUUCCUGUCGACUCCUGCUGCAGAGGUUGUAUCCAAAGCCCAAGAGGUAGAGAACACAUUGGAAAAAAAGACAGAGGGCCGCCUGUCCCCACAGAGGCCCCGCAGCUGUGAUGGGGAGAACUUGCUGACAUCCCCAGGCCAAUCCUCUGGGCCAGGGCACAAUAUAGAUGGACAGGAAGUUCAUGCUGAUGUGCCAAACACUCCCUGUGAGGAGACCCCAGCAGUGGAUACGAUGCUCAGUCCGAAGCAAGAUUUUCAGGGAAACCUGUCCCACCUGGAGGACAGUGGGGCAAGAGAAGCUGCAUCCGAGAGGCCCCCACUAUCUUCUGAGAACUGCCUCCUGCCAUCACAGUCAGACACAGGGGCACCCAUCAUUGAUAAGCUCAGGGAGAUGACUCAACCUCCUGCAAAUGGGAAAGAGGCUUAUCCAAGCAACCCAGGUGUGAAGAACCAGGGUGCAGGUCCUUCCCCAGCCCACGUACCCACGGGGCCUCGGGAGGACAUGUGCUUGCCCACUUAUGAAGGACAGGAGCAGGCAUCUGGAUCAGAACGUCAAAGUGUGCUCCCCAAAGACAGUCUGUGUGAUGCUCCAAGUUUGGUUCUAGAGAGUUCUCCAUCAGAAGAGUCAGAAUUGCCAACUCCAACAGGACAGAAGUUGCCUGCAUUAGGGGAGAAUGGGCAAGAGGGAGCAGGCAGCCGUGGCCAUCUUUCAGGGGUCUUGCUUAACGCAGGAGACACUUUAAAAGACUCUUCUGUUGCAGGGAGCUUGGGCGGGGAGGGAAGCUGCUGUGCUGGGCAGGGGCCAAACAAGUCCCAACAGGAGCUGGGUGAUGCUGUGGAAGCAGGCAGCCUGCGUGAAGGGGCAUGUUGCUGGGAUGCGGGGGUAGCUGACGCACAGCUCCCACCCUCGGGCCUGUGCAAGGCAGAGAUGGCAAGUAGAGACACAGUGGGGGCCCCGCCUCAUCCACCUGACUCAGUGGCCCUCCUGGAUACAGCUCAUGGUCUGGCAGCCCCAGCACUGGCCAGCCUCAGAGUCACACCCACCCAGGAUGCUCCAGAGAGACAGACAUGUGAUCAAGCCCAGGAAGAGAGGCAGCAACCAGGGCCGGCCCUACAGCAAGAAAUGGAGUGCCCUGCCACCUCGGCCACCACAGAUACAGAGACCCACAAGCUUCUCGAGAAGUUCCCGCUGGCUGGGGAGCAGGGUGAUGAAGGAGGGGCUGCUACAGCUGGUGAGAGUGCCGGUGAAGGAGGCCCAGGGACGCGGCAAGCUCCAGAGGAGCCACAAACCACUCCAAGUGACACCUUUGCUCAGACUGAGCACUGCCCCACCUCCAGGAAAGGACCUUCUACCUCCGUCCCUGGUGAGUCCUGCGAGACUGAGCAGCUCGUGCCCAGCUGCCAGGAUGCCUUGCUACGGGCCAGAGAGCUGGAUGGGAUGCCCAGAGGCAUGGAGGGCAUUUCUGCACAUCAGGCUGGCCCUGACCCAGAGAGGCCCCUGCCAGCUGGGAAAGACGCUGCUCCUGACACCCCUUACCUGCAUAUCAAUGGUGCCGCCAGGAAAGGAGCAGAAGACAGUGGUCUGAGAGUUGUUUCCUCGGAGGGCCCCACAGCUCCGGGUGAAAGUCCCUGUCCCAUAGAGGAGUCCCUGCUUGCCCUAGAAAAGGCUGCCUCUGUGAAGCUGCCGGCCAGCCUCCUCUUGCAACCAGGAGCUGCAGGUGGGGAGGGCUCUGCUGUGCCUGCCAUCUCUGGAAGCUCCAAAGCUGGAACCACUGAGGAACCUGUGGACUCCAUGCCCUACCUGGACAGGAUGCCUCUUCUGGCCAAGAGUAAGCAGAUGACAGAGGAGGACAAAGAGGCCAUAGCUCCAGAAACCAGGCCCUGUGGGACUCCAGCCUGCUCUGGCAGCGAGGACAGCAUGGUGGGUGAUGCAGCAAGACAGACAGAGGGCAGCAGGGACAGGGUGGUAGAGACACCUCCAGAUCCAAGGAGAGGUGCACCAGGUGGUAUAGAAGCAAGCUCCAAGCAGCCUAGCCCCAUUGUAGGGCUCCAUGACUUCAGGGAGCACAUCACCAGAAUCUUUGAGCAAUCAGUGCUUGGAGCCCUGACUGCUGACCAGCCCCAGAAUGCACCGAGUGAAAAGGCAGGAGCUGGGAGGAGUGUGGUGGGCAAGGACCUCACCACGCUACUAAGCCCAGAGAAGCUUCUAGAUGGAACUCAAGGAAUGGCUGCUACCACUCUCCCUGUACCUCCUGCUGGACUCUGGGUGGAGAAGAAGCCAGAGUUGGCUGUGGAGGCUAAGAUUUCCCAUCUGGUUUCCCAGGAUACAGCUCUAGACAAGCUGCCAGGUCUCGGGGGGCGAGCCUUGGAGCAAAACCAGCCUGGUGCCAGUGUUGAGGAGGAGGUGACUGGUGUACCACUCAUAGCAAGGAGAAGCGAGAGGCCAGACCUGGGAGCCAAGGUUCACUCACAGCAGGUGAGGGGUGGGCAGGAACUAGCUUCAGGCCUUUCCUCACCAGUGGCUGCUCAGGGGACAUCUUUGGAGAGAGCUGCUGACAUCCAGGUGGCUCCCCAGAGCCUUGGAGAAGAGGCCUCCGUUCAAGGUGACAGAAUUCUUUCUGGAAAAAAGUGCCAGGGAACACUGGUCUCUGACAGUCACCCUAGAGAAGAUGGUACCCAGGACUUGGCUCACACGGUGGGUGCAGGUGAUGUGCCAGAAUCUACCUGUGCUCUAGAAUCCUCUCCUCCCCGUGGGGAUGUUUUAAUUGAGCCCGAGGCUAAUAGUGACCUGCUUGGGGGUGAAAGGAAGCCUGAAGCUGAUGCCAGCAUCCUGGAAAUGCAAAACGCCCCUGGCCACCGGAGCAUCCCUGAACCACUGGCUAGAGAAGUGCUGGACACUCCCCAGGAGCCCAGCGAGAAGGCAGGAGCUGCUGGGGAAGUGAAGGGUGACAUCACGUUGAGCACAGCCGAGGCAUGGGCACACACAUCUGGUGACCUGCCAGAAACAGGUGCUGCAAGGAUGAUCGCCGGCGUAGCUCAUGAUUCAGUGCUGCCAGGGAGCCGUCAGGCGAUGGAGGACACAGCUGCCCUGCGAGGGGACAGCCCAAGUGGGCACCAGCCGGCCAAGGAGCAGCUGGGACCUGAGCUCCCUACUCCAGCUGGGAAUGGGGAGGUGCGUGUUUCACCCCCAGAGCCUGAUGACACUGGAGACUCAAAGCUGCAACCCCUGGCUCCGGAAGAGCAACACACUGACAGAAAGAGCCUGGGGCCUGGCCCAGCUACCUUACCUACAGUUCCUGAGAAGGAUGCUCCGAGAUUCCCUUCAGAUGAGACCAGCUGUGUGGGAGGACCAGAAAGCACCCCUGCCACAGAUGAUGUCAUCCAGCCAGCUGCAGGCCUGAGAAACCUGCCCCUAGUGGCCUCUUCCCGCCAUGAUGACGCCAUCGGCCAGGUCUCCACGGGUCUGACAGCCCAGAGGAGUUCUGACUCUGAAGAAGCAUUUGAGACCCCGGAGUCAACGACCCCUGUCAAAGCUCCACCAGCCCCACCUCCGCCACCCCCUGAAGUCAUCCCAGAGCCUGAGGUCAGCGCACCACCAGCCCCGGAAGAACCAGGAUGUGGCUCUGAGACGGUCACCGUCCCUGAUGGCCCACGCAGCGACUCCGUGGAAGGCAGCCCCUUCCGCCCUCCACACUCCUCCUCUGCCGUCUUUGAUGAAGACAAGCCGAUAGCCAGCAGCGGGACUUACAACUUAGACUUUGACAGCAUCGAGCUGGUGGAUAACCUCCAGAGCUUGGAGCCUCGGCCCUCGGACUGUAAGAGCCAAGAGUGCAAGGCCACCGCGCGGAGGAAGUCCACCGAGUCCGUGCCCCCCGCCAAGUCCACGCUGUCCCGCUCCCUGAGCCUGCAGGCCGGUGACUUUGAUGGUGCUUCCUGCUCAGGCAGCCCCGAGGCCGCGGCCCUCGCCCCGGACGCAGGCAGCACAGGCUCGUGCAGUGCUUCCAGUACCCUCAAGCGAACUAAAAAACCCAGGCCACCGUCCCUAAAAAAGAAGCAAAGCACCAAGAAGCCCACAGAAACCCCCCCAGUGAAGGAGACCCAGCAGGAGCCAGCGGAGGAGAGUCCGGUCCCCAACGAGGAGUAUCUGGCGUCGGAGACCAAGACGGAGCCGGCCGCGGCAGAGGGCUCAGGGUCCCCCUCGUCGGAAGAGACGCCCCCGGAGCCUGCCGCUGCACCCAAAGCCGCCUGUCCUCUGGACCCAGAGUGUGCCGAGGGCGCCAGCCCCUUGGCUUCUGGAGGUGGCAGGGUGCAGAACUCACCUCCUGUUGGGAGGAAAACGUUGCCUCUUACCACGGCCCCCGAGGCCGCGGAGGAGACCCCGUUGGAUAGUGGGGGGCAAGAGGACUCCCCGGUCAGAGGGCUGUCAGUGAGGCUGGAGUUUGACUAUUCUGAGGACAAGGGUGGUUGGGACAACCAGCAGGAAAACCCCCCUCCUACCAAAAAGAUAGGCAAAAAGCCAGUUGCCAAAAUGCCCCUAAGGAGGCCAAAGAUGAAAAAGACACCCGAGAAACUCGACAACACUCCUGCCUCACCUCCCAGGUCCCCCGCUGAGCCCAAUGACAUCCCUGUGGCUAAAGGUACCUACACCUUUGAUAUUGACAAGUGGGAUGACCCCAAUUUUAACCCCUUUUCUUCCACCUCAAAAAUGCAGGAGUCUCCCAAACUGCCCCAACAGUCAUAUAACUUUGACCCAGACGCCUGUGACGAGUCCAUUGAUCCCUUUAAGACCUCCUCUAAGACCCCCAGCUCACCUUCUAAAUCCCCAGCCUCCUUUGAGAUCCCAGCCAGUGCCAUCGAAGCCAAUGGAAUGGAUGGGGACGGGCUGAACAAGCCCGCCAAGAAGAAGAAGACGCCCCUAAAGACUGACACAUUUAGGGUGAAAAAGUCGCCAAAACGAUGUCCUCUCUCUGAUCCACCCUCUCAGGACCCUACUCCAGCUGCGACACCAGAGACACCACCAGUGAUCUCCGCAGUGGUCCACGCAACAGAUGAGGAGAAGCUGGCGGUCACCAAUCAGAAGUGGACAUGCAUGACGGUGGACUUGGAGGCUGACAAACAGGACUUCCCACAACCCUCGGACCUGUCUACCUUUGUAAACGAGACCAAAUUCAAUUCGCCCACAGAGGGUAAGCAACUCAGUGGCCAGCCGGACCCCCACCCUGCCUUGGAGAAUACUGCCUCUAGGGAGCAAAGGGCCAGGAAAGUCACUUCUCAACCAGAGUUGGGUUACAGAAACUCCUAUGAAAUCGAAUAUAUGGAAAAACUUGGCUCCUCCUUACCCCAGGACGAUGACACCCCGAAGAAGCAAUCCUUGUACCUUAUGUUCGACACGUCUCAGGAGAGCCCCGUUAAGUCUCCGACCCGGAUGUCCGAGUCCCCGACGCCUUGUUCAGGGUCAAGUUUUGAAGAGACAGAAGCCCUUGUUAAUGCUGCAGCAAAAAUCCAGCGUCCUGUCUCACGAGGGCUAGCCUCCAGCCAAGAGCCACACUUACAGGUGCCAGAGAAGUCCUCCCAGCCAGAACUGGAGGCCAUGGCCCUGGGCACUUCCUCAGAGGCGAUUGAAAUCACAGCUCCUGAGGCUGCCUUUGCCUCUGCUGACGCCCUUCUCAGCAGGCUGGCCCACCCCGCCUCUCUCUGUGGUGCACUUGACUAUCUGGAACCCGACUUAGCAGAAAAGAACCCCCCAGUAUUUGCUCAGAAACUUCAGGAGGAGUUAGAGUUUGCCAUCAUGCGGAUAGAAGCCCUGAAGCUGGCCAGGCAGAUUGCCUUGGCUUCCCGCAGCCGCCAGGACACCAAGAGAGAAGCUGCUCACCCACCAGAUGUCUCCAUCUCCAAAACAGCCUUGUAUUCCCGCAUCGGGACCUCUGAGGUGGAGAAACCGGCGGGCCUUCUGUUCCAGCAGCCAGACCUGGAUUCUGCGCUCCAGGUGGCCAGAGCAGAGGUCCUAACCAAGGAGAGAGAGGUCUCGGAGUGGAAAGAGAAAUAUGAAGAAAGCAGACGGGAGGUGAUGGAGAUGAGGAAGAUCGUGGCUGAGUAUGAAAAGACCAUCGCACAGAUGAUAGAGGAUGAACAGAGGGAGAAGUCAGUCUCGCACCAAACAGUGCAGCAGCUGGUCCUGGAGAAGGAGCAAGCCCUGGCCGACCUGAACUCCGUGGAGAAGUCUCUGGCCGACCUUUUCAGGAGAUACGAGAAGAUGAAGGAGGUCCUGGAAGGUUUCCGCAAGAAUGAAGAGGUGCUAAAGAAAUGUGCACAGGAGUACCUGUCCCGCGUGAAGAAGGAGGAGCAGAGGUACCAGGCCCUGAAGGUGCACGCGGAGGAGAAGCUGGACAGGGCCAAUGCUGAGAUCGCCCAGGUUCGAGGCAAGGCCCAGCAGGAGCAGGCCGCCUACCAGGCCAGCUUGCGGAAGGAGCAGCUGCGAGUGGACGCCCUGGAAAGAACGCUGGAGCAGAAGAAUAAAGAGAUAGAAGAACUCACCAAGAUCUGUGAUGAACUGAUUGCCAAAAUGGGGAAAAGCUAACUUUGAACCAAAUGCUGGAACUUGACCAUCACGUGCAAUAUGGCCGUGGGCGCACUGCCGUCCUUCCACCCACAUGGACAGGCUCUGUUUUCACUUUUCGUAUGCACUACUGUAUUUCCUUUCUGAAUAAAGUUGAUUUGAUUGUAUGCAGUGCUAAGGAGACUAUCAGGAUUUCUUGCUAUUGGUUUGCAUUUUCCUAGUAUAAUUCAUAGCAAGUUGACCUCAGAGUUCCUGUAUCAGGGAGAUUGUCUGAUUCUCUAAUAAACACAUUGCUGACCUUGGUCUUGCCCUUUGUACACAAAUUCCCAGGUGAGCAGGUUUGAUUUAAUAUGAACAUGUACAGCGUGCAUUGGGACUCUUGCCUUAAGGAGUGUAAACUUGAUCUGCACUUGCUGAUUUGUUUUAAAAAAAAUGCAUGUUUCAAAUAAAAUUCUCUAUUGUAAAUAAAUUUUUUUCUUUGGAUCUUG